AGCGCUAGCUGUCAGUGGAAGCUAGCAAGACUGCUAUCUUUCCCUGCGCGUUAUUUUAAGAUUCUGUAUGAUUUUUUUUUUUUACAUGUUCCAGUCUCUAUCGUAAUUUUAGCCAUGACUGGAUUUAAUCUUAAAUUUAAUGAACCGAUGUACACAUAUUUUCUUUGCAUUUUCUAGUGUUUUUUUGUUGAGCUGUGCUCAGAAUUAAGCGUAGCUGUAGCUGGCUAGCUUGUUGUUAGCUGCGGACAAAUCUGGUGCAGACAGGUUUAGCACUGCAGACACAGCUUCUCUUGUUUGGAAGUCAUUGUUCAUGGGCGGAAAGUUGUAUUGUAUACAAGGACUGUAAAGACCAUGCAGCUUUAUUACAGAGCUAAUGAUUUACUGCGAAUAUGCAAUACUUUAAAUUAUGCUUUCGCAGCAUUAUGAAUUUUAAUUAGUAACGUUGGGUCAGUAACAUAGUAUUUAGACUUAGUCAUCCGAAUGCAUUUUUAUCUUAAAUCACCUUAUCUGUAUUGUUAAAAGUGUACUUACCAACUUCGUGGUAUAAUAACUGUUUUUAUUGACAAGAGGCGGGACGUUUGUUUAAAUUAACAAACAUGGACAAGAAAUCAUUUGAUAUUGUCUUGGAUGAGAUAAGAAAGUGCGUCCUGACCGAUCAGCGGAUCAAAGCCAUAGAGCAGGUGCAUGGAUAUUUCUCCAGUGAACAGGUGAUGGAGAUACUGAAGUAUUUCUCAUGGGCAGAGCCACAGAUCAAAGCAGUUAAAGCUCUGCAGCAUAAAAUGGUUGCAAUCCCUACAACCAAAGUUGCAAAUAUCCUGAAUUGCUUUACCUUCUCAAAGGACAGACUGGUUGUCCUGGAACUAAUAGCUUUGAACAUUUCAGAUGCUCAAAAUUAUCGUCCUGUGGAGGAUCUGUUCCGCAUACACUUGUCUGAGAAGAAGCGGGCUCGCAGGAUACUAGAGCAAGUAUGUAAGGUUGGCUGCAAGGCUCCUGUAGCCAUGAUCUCCUCCUGUGGUAUGAUACCAGGAAAUCCAUACCCAAAAGGCAGACCCAGUCUGGUCAGUGGCACAUUCCCUGGAAUCCCUCCAGUGAAGAAAGAAGGCGAGAAGAAAGAGGACUCUUCUAACAGUCUUGAGGGGAAAGGAAUUUCUGCUCGUAUUAUUGGACCAUUCAAACCUUUUCCCUCAACCUACAACCCUCAUCGGCCUGUGCCCUACCCUAUACCACCGUGCCGACCCCACGCCACCAUCGCACCAAGUGCGUACAACAACGCAGGCCUUGUUUCUGUGGGAGGGGUUAUUACAACCAGUGUGCCCCCUCCCCCCUACAACUCCACCCACAAAGUAGCAGGUUACGCCAGGCCAGGCAAUCUGCAGAACACCACACCUGGAGUCAACAGCGGGCCCCUCCUCAUUCCUCAUGGGUCCACGCCUUCUACCCCCAUCCAACCCCAGGCUUCUCCUGCUCAGCCGCCUCCCACAACCCCUAUAACACCAGUUUUCCCUGGCAUGGUUCCCUCUCACAACCCUAAUGCCCCCUCUCCCUCCCCUGCUCCAUCCCCAUCUGUGAUUAAAGCAGGCCCACAGACCUCCAGUGGCCAUGCUACACCGACACCCUCGUCUGUCAUUAAAGCCCACACCCCUUCAGGCACCCCUUGUGGAACUCCUGUCCCCGGCAGCGGGGGCUUCUCUCCUUCCCCCUUCCAUGUCGUUUCCCGACCAGGCACCCCUGCCACCUCCCGCAGCGGCCCAGACCCCAUAUCUCAGGCGAACUCCAUGGGCUCAACUCAGCAGAGGGGUUUUUCCCAGUCCACAGACCACCAGUCAGGUCCCACUCACCAUGGCAUACACCCACAAGCAGGUAACCCCUCUGGGUCAGUGAUCCGAAGUUACACCCCCUCUGGACCAUCCACUCCAGUUAUUCCGAGUUGUUCCACCCCAGGCCCCAGUCCCAAACUCUCCCCAGCUCAUUCUGCACAGAUUCAGGCUGCCAUGGCGGCAGCUGGAGUCCUCAACAGACACACUGGGGGUAGUAACAGUGGCAGUAACAGCCCUGUGCCCUCUGCUUUCAAGGGCACCUCUCGCUCUGGCACACCAUCUCUUAGCUCUCUUGUGGUUCCAGGUUCUGCCCAGGCUGCCUUGGCUCGUUCUUUGGGUCUCUCACACCCCUCAGGUUCUCCCCAAGUCUCUCUCUCUAGUCCUGUUGCUAUCGGCGGCUUCCAAGCCCUGUCCUCCAGCCCAGCAGCCUCUCAUUAUCCUUGCCUAUCCCCCUUUUCCUCCCUUUCUUCCUCUCUCCCUCCUUCCUCCAUGGCUUCAUCCAUGUCCGCAAUGCCUGCCACUACUAACAUGUCUAACCAUCCACCAACCUCAAUCUACCCAGGGCUGCCUCCCAACGCUGCCCCAGGUGGAGCCUCCCCUUUUGGUCUGGGCCUCACCUCUGCCCCCUCCAUAUUCCAAGGCCUUGCGCCUGGUCCUAGCCCCGCUGCCUUUGCAGGGUUGGGAGUUUCAGGAGGGCACGGUGCUGGGAGCCCUGUGUUGUCUUCAUUCAUGGGACUGCCAGUAGCCUCUUCAUCCUCAGUAGCAUCGGUGGCACCACUGCAGGCAGCAGCAGCCGCAGCAGCAGCCGCAGCUGGAGUUCCAUCAUCAUCGCCAGUUUUACCAGGCUUUGCGUCUGCUUUCAGCUCCAACUUCCAGCCUGGGUUGAGCAGUGGACUCCAGCCUCCAGGAAGUAGUGGGUUCCCCAGCUUGCUGUCCUUCCCUGGGGUACCAGGCUUCUCUCCCUCUGCUUCCCCUGCUACCCUCGGCGGCCUCCACAACCCAACCAUGCAGUCUGCUCUGCUGCAGGCUCAUCCCACAUCUGGUUUGGAGAGCUUUCCUCCUCAGCCCAACAGUUUCACCAACUACCCUCCAGGCCCAGGAAACCCCUUUCCCCUCCAACCAGGCCUGCACCCACAGCUGGGUUGGCAGUGAAACCCACAAUACACUUUGAAACAUUGAGUACACUUACACAACGACCCUUAUUGUACACCCUGCCCUACCCUUCAGCAGUUGAGACGUUCACUUUCGCCUGGAACCCUGAAGAGCACAGGACGGGUUGGAGAGUUUCAAUAAUGUAUAUGUUACAGCCAGAAGAAUGACUUACUACUACAAGAAACACUAUAUUGAAUACAGUUGAAAUAGUGUGUGGGGGAGAUAGCAUAUUUCCUAUAUUAUUCAUAGUGAACAAUUGUAAAUAUCAGUUGUCAAAGUUGGUAGGUUUUACAAGUAGAUGGUUACUGGUUUCAAUGUUAGCUGGACUUGGCUGUUUUUAAUCAAGUUUAUUGACUUUUAUUAGUGAAUAAUGAAUUAUAGAAAUGAAAUUGAAAAUCAUGUAAUGAAUUGACACUAUCCUCGUGUAGUAUUUCAUGUCCAUUCUCAGUGAAACAGACAUGCGUGAUGAGACAUGAUACUGAUUGAUUGUCCUAAAUUGAAUAUUGUAUUAUGACAUGACAUGGUUAGGUGAGCUGUAUCGCGCGGUCAUAUUUUGAAGUGGGCACCCCAUAAAUAUUUGUAAUCCUCGUGCUGUGUCAAGGGUGGGAGAAAACUAGCAUUUGGCAGUUCAUGUCUGUGUUUCAGUGAACACACACUUGUGGCUGUCAGCAGUUCACUGUGAUACACAUUUCAUUUCAUAUGUUUACAAAUUUCUUUGAAACGAUGCCGCCCUGCUAAUGCUAUUAUUACAGUAUUUGACCAUAUAUACUGUAUGCAGAUGCUUCUGAGAACAAGCAUUUGUUGAUUGAUAUAUGGACUUGAGAUAUAAAAUGUCUGUAUUCUUCAGUAAUGCUUUGCAACAUAGUGAAAACUGUCAUUUUACCUCAUUUACUGUACACCUCAGUCCGCUAACAGACAGUUGAGAGUAAUAGACACGUUGUGUGUUGCCCUUGUUUUUUUUUUUUUUUUUGUCUGUUUUGCCCUUUUUUUGUAUUUGCACCUGUUUUAUUAUUUGUCAGUAAACUGCUGAUUGAUUGCUUUAGCUGUUGCUGUUCUCUAUUCUGUGUGAUGCCAUGCCUAUCAGGAAAUGGAAUAUAAUUACGUGAGGUGUACAGGAUAAUGUAAAGAUAAAUAUUGACAGCUAGACAUGCUAUCCUAUAGUUGAAGGCCAGUUGUUAAAGAAGUAAUCAUCACAUACCACACCCACCUUAUGGACAUACUGUAUUGUACCAGCAAAGUUCAAAAGGUUAAAGUAAAGGUUCAUGAUCAGAGAAAGACUUAAUUAACAGGAUAAUUGUUAAAUAUUACAAAGUACAGCCUCAACAGUGACCAGAUAAUUGAAUCUGUACUGAAGGCUGUGGUAAACAUAUACCUUAAUUGAUAGGCAGUUAUUGUUUUACUUUCUGUUAUUUCAUCCAACCCAACCGUUUUACAGCCUACUUACAGUCCAUUUAUGGCACAUCUUGCUUAUCAUGAGCAUUCUUAUUAUUGCUAAACACUCAGGCGAUGCAAUCAGUCAUGUGUCAAUUAGUCAUGAGAAACCAGUCACGGGAUCUCAAUGGAGCCAUUUCUUUUUCCCAUCAUUAAAAAUGUUCCAUUUCCAUUCCUAGUCAUACUCUGACACCUGUUAUUAUCAUUGUUAUCUCCUUAACCAAACCUGUUAUUAGUGGACAUUAUUUUAUUAAUUAUGCAUUAUGUUUUUCAGUCA